AGACACGUCAAACAAAAACACUAUACAAAAGUGUACAUAUAAAUAUUCUCCACUCUUCACCGUCCGUGCAUCAACACUCGCCGCAAUUCAAUCUCCCUCUCUCGUCAAUCUCUCUACGUAUGUCAGGUAAUGAAGCUCCAAUAUUGGUGCACCAUGGAACUACAUCAAAUCAAUUGCCUCUACACAAAUUUAAGCGCUGGCACUGGUGGCUUUUGGUAUCAAUCAACAUUUUCUUUCUUCUGGCUGGUCAAUGUGCUGCUGUUCUUCUGGGGAGAUACUACUAUGAUAAAGGGGGGAAUAGUAAAUGGUUGGCUACACUUGUUCAAACUGCCGCCUUUCCUAUACUUCUCGUCCCAUUACUUUUUAUCCCUUCUACUCUAAAGCCUUCAACUGAAUCCACGUCAUCUUCCAUUGCUGUUAUAUCAUUUAUAUAUGUCAUCCUUGGUGUAGUCAUUGCGGGAGACAAUAUGCUGUAUUCUGUUGGACUGUUAUAUUUGUCUGCUUCUACGUACUCGUUAAUCUGCGCUACCCAAUUAGCCUUCAAUGCGAUCUUCUCUUACUUCAUAAAUUCUCAGAAAUUUACUGCCCUAAUUUUUAAUUCCGUUGUAGUUCUUUCCUUAUCCGCUUCUCUGAUUGCUGUCAACGAUGAUUCUAGUGGACCAUCAGGCCUGUCUAAAUGGAAGUACGCCCUUGGAUUUCUUACCACAUUAGCUGCCUCGGCACUUUACUCUCUUUUGUUAUCCAUUAUGCAGCUUACGUUUCAAAAGGUUCUAAAGAGAGAAACAUUUGCCGUAGUUUUGGAGAUGCAAAUUUACACAUCAGUGGUUGCUACAUGUGUUGCAAUUAUAGGCCUUUUUGCAAGUGGUGAAUGGAGGACUUUGCAUGGAGAAAUGAAUGGUUUCACUGAAGGAAGAACCUCAUACAUUAUGACUAUAAUUGGUACAGCAGUUUCAUGGCAGGUUUGCUCUGUUGGUGUAGUCGGAUUGAUUUUUGUGGUCUCGUCAUUGUUCUCUAAUGUUAUCAGUACUCUUUCGUUGGCGCUUACUCCUAUUGCUUCUGUGAUAAUCUUCCACGAUAGAAUGAAUGGAGUAAAGAUAAUUGCGAUGCUAAUGGCUAUAUGGGGAUUUGCAACUUAUAUCUAUCAGAACUACCUCGAUGAUCUUAAGGCGAGGAAGCUUCAGUCUGAGCAUGCUGAUGGAAAUUAUCAAUCUCCAUCUUCAUACUGCUGAUACAGAGGCAAUACGUGAAAUAUGCCCAUAUACUUAUUCUGGUUAUAGUUUAUUUCUCCCUUUUUUAGUAAAUAAAAUUAUCAGUUUUGUGUUGUAAAACUCAAAUGCUUGACCUGAUGUCUAGUAUUUAAAAUUUAGAUUUAAAUAUUAAAUUGGCCACGCGGCGUGAUCAAAUAUCA